AUGCCUUGGGGCAGGCGUUGCAGCACACCGCUGCUCCUUUGCUUCCUGCUCAGUGUCUGGGUUGCGCUGCUGCUCAACCCGCGGCAGGCAGCGGCAGCGAAGCCAACCCCCGGCGCGGGCGAGGAGGACUUCUACGAGGUCCUUGGCCUAGGCAAGGAGCGCGAUGACGCGAGCGAGCGGGAUAUUAAGUCUUCGUGGCGCAAGCUUUCGAAAAAGCACCACCCUGACCACGCGGGGGAGUCGCAGCGGGAGGUGUACCAGCGGAUUCAACGCGCCUACGAGGUGCUCGGGGAUCGCAAGAAGCGGAAGAUCUACGACAUCCUUGGCCUUGAUGGGGUCAAAAAGUUUGAGCAGCCGCAAGACCAGCAGCAACAGCACAUGCAUCCUUUUUUUUCCUUCUUUGGUGGGGGCCAGCAGAAUCACCAGGCGGACCGCGGCAAGAAUGAGGAGCUCCUGCUGCAGGUGCCGCUUGAGGAUGUCUACAGCGGGGCGGCGCAUACAGUGAAGCUCGCCAAGAGUAAAAUAUGCCGCGCCUGUCGCGGAACUGGGGCCCGAAGCAAAGAGCACCUCCUGCGCUGCCCGCACUGCAACGGGGAGGGUCGUAUCUUGCGCCGUGUGCAGUUUGUCCCAGGAUUUGUGCAGCAGAUGGAACAUCCAUGUCCUCAUUGCAGCGGUGGCGGGGUGAUCAUAUCGGAAAAGUGUACUACGUGUAAAGGUGUGAAGACGGUGCGAAGCACCUCCGCUAUUAGCAUCGACAUUGAACGGGGCACACCAGACGGCCACGUCCUCACAUAUGAGCUUGAGGCGGAUCAGCAGCCAAAUCAGGUCCCUGGCGACGUUGUCUUCACUGUUGUUACUGCCUCCCACCCCCGCUUUAUCCGUAGCGACAAUGACCUCACAGUAACUGUGGUACUCACGCUGAAGGAGGCGUUGCUUGGUUUCAGCAAGAGAUUAACGCACCUCGAUGGCCACUUGGUUGAGCUGAAGGAGUCGGGCAUCACGCAACACGGGGAACGGCGCAAGAUUGCUGGCGAAGGCAUGCCGAAGCACCAUGUGCCGUCAGAGCGGGGCGACCUCCACGUCAUUUAUGAGGUGGGGCUGCCAAGUCUGCUGACAGCAGCGCAGGAGGAGGCGCUUCGGCGGGCUUUUGGCUAA